AUGACAGGGAGUGGGCGAGAAGAAGGAAAACUUGUAAAACAGAUACCAAGUUUGUCACAGAAACUACAGCCUGAUUCCAGGAAGAAAGCAAGAUCCAUUCAAGAAGUUGUUCCAUCAUCCUCACAAAGUGCAGCAAAUGCUUAUGUACCCCAAAUCAAGGUAAAGGAUGUACAGUACAGAAGAGCUGAUGAAAUUGGCAGAGGUGCAUUUGGCAUAGUGUAUAGAGGUAAAUGGCUUGGCACAGAUGUGGCUAUCAAAGAAAUAAAGGGAAGAAAUGUAAAACUUCUGCAAGGAAGUAUUAAAAGGGAGGUUCAAAUACAUAGUAGGAUCAGACAUCCAAAUAUCGUGCAGCUUAUGGCAACUGCUGUUGAAAAGAAUACAAUGAUCAUUGUCUCUGAAUAUAUUGAUGGGCCAAACAUGGAUGAUCUUCUUUUUACUGGUGAGCACAUAGAGUUUAAUAUUCCAAAUGACCGAAAGCCAUAUAUCACCAAGCAACUGUGCCAAGCAAUAUCAUACAUGCAUGAGAAUAAUAUCAUUCAUCAGGACAUAAAACCUGCUAACAUUUUAAUCGCAAAGAAUACCAUGGUUACAAAAAUUUGUGACAUGGGUGUUAGCAAACUUAUAAAGCGUCAUACAACACUUCAUGCAGGCAGCAGUGCUAUAGCUGGAACACCAUCGUACAUGGCUCCCGAAUGUCUAAUUCAACAAACUAAAGCAAGUACGAUGUCUGAUAUGUGGUCCCUUGGAAUUACGCUAAUUGAGCUGUACACGAAACAUCAUGCAUGGGGCCUUGACAAAGACGAGUCAACACACGAGGGUAGCCUUGCUGAUGACAACCAAGAAGAUGAUCUACAGCAACUAACUAAUUUGAUGGUAGCACAAAAAAUGCCAUGUUCAUUGGAGACAUUAAUCACUGAAGGAUGCUAUGGUCAUUCAUUUGUUGGACUUCUCAGUAGAUGUGUGGAUUACUGUCCAGAUAAUAGACCCUCUGCCCUAGAGUGUAUUGAUAUUCUGGGAGCAAAUUAA